GUACUUUGCAGUAUAUGGCUCCAGAGAUUAUUGAUAAGGGCCCUCGAGGAUAUGGGGCACCAGCUGAUAUUUGGUCCCUGGGAUGUACUAUCAUUGAAAUGUCAACAGGAAGGGCUCCAUUUCAUGAACUUGGAGAGCCACAAGCAGCAAUGUUCAAAGUUGGGAUGUUCAAAAUUCACCCUGAAAUCCCUGAAUCACUUUCUGCUGAAGCUAAAGCUUUUAUCUUACUCUGCUUUGAACCUGAUCCAAAUAAACGUGUUACCGCAUCUGAUUUAUUGAAAGACUCGUUCUUAAAGCAAGUGAACAAAGGCAAGAAAAGUAGAAUUGCAUUCAAACCUUCAGAUUAUAAUCGGAGUGCUUCUCUGCCUCUGCCAGUCCACGGGGAGCAGGUUGGCAGUAGUAGCAGUGAGCCUGGGUCUGUCUCGCCAGAUUCUGAUGUGCAAUCUGACAUGUUAUUUGAAAAAGCCAAGCGUUCUCUUUCUGAAAUUCAAUCAAAGAGCCCCCUUUCCCAUUUAUUAAGUGUUCCUGAUGAAAGCUCAAUUCCAGAUGAGCGAAAUUCCUCUCCUUCCUUUGAGGAAAAAGAUUCUGGUCUUUUCUUACUAAGGAAGGACAGUGAACGUCGUGCAAUUCUUUAUAAAAUACUUAAGGAUGAGCAGAAUCAAGUAGCUUCUAAUCUACAAGAUUGUGUAGCACAGAGUUCUGAAGAGCUGCGUCUUUCAGUUGCUCACAUUAAGCAGAUAAUUGGGAUUUUAAGAGAUUUCAUACACUCUCCUGAACACAGAAUUAUGGCAUCAACUAUAUCAAAGUUGAAAAUGGAUCUUGAUUUUGACAAUACUUCAAUCAAUCAGAUUCAAUUAGUAUUGUUUGGAUUUCAAGAUGCAGUGAAUAAAGUAUUAAGGAAUCAUUUAAUCAAACCUCAUUGGAUGUUUGCAAUGGAUAAUAUAAUACGCCAUGCAGUUCAAGCAGCCAUUACUAUUCUUAUUCCUGAGCUUCGAACUCAUUUUGAACCAGCAUCAGAAACUGAAGUAGAUAAAGAGGCAAAUGAAAUUGAGGAAGAUUAUCAGCAAGGAAGACCAGAGGAAUCAGUUACUGCUGAAGGGUGCACACUUACUUCUUCUCAGUCCCCAGACACUGAAGAGAAACUUAACUUGCAAUUAAAUAAAUUAAAGCAGCGAACAAACAGGUUAUUGGAAAACCUAAUACAGAGGGAAAGGGAAUACCAGACACUCCUUCAGCAAACAUUACAACAAAAAAAUCAAGAUUUGCAACUUCUUCAGCUCCAGUUAAAUACUAGGGAAAUUCAACCGUUGUCACCUGCUCUUCAGCACAACAUUGAUGAAGAACUUACUAAAUGGUUAAAACAACAAAGAGCUGAUUCAGAUGCAAUUGACAGGUUUGUUCAAGAGGACUAUACACUCAGUGAUGUUCUGAACAGUAUCACAAAGGAGGAUUUGCAACUGCUCAGACUCCGUGGUGGACUUGUCUGUCGCAUCUGGAAUGCAAUAUUAAAACACAGAAAGCAAAAUGCAGUCUUGGGAAUGGAAGAUUAGCAUUUUACUUUUGCCAGAUGCUAAUGGACUGUAAGAAAAAAAAUACAUUCCAAAUAAGUUUUAUAUACAGAUUGCCUUGCAUGUUUUGCACAAUUAAAAGCUCUGUUUAUAAAUAUUAAAUGAUAUUACAAAUUGUGUGUGUGUGUGUGUGUAUUAUCUAAACAAUCUACACAACUUUAGACAUGUACAGUAACUUAGAAAAUACUUAGCUACAUGAACAGUUCACCUUACAAAAUGCAGUUGCUCAUAUGUAAAAUGUAAACCUUUUCUAAUAUGCCUGCUUUUUAAAAAUAAUAUGGGUGUUGUAUAACAAAAUAUUAGGUUUUAUAUUAUUUCAUAAGAGCAAGAUAAACCACAAAGCAUUUCAAAUUGUGCAGGGUUCCACACUAAUAAAAAAUAAUGUAGGUUGAAUAUAUUAUUUAGAGUAAAUAUCAAUAUAUUUUGAGUACAUUAAAAUAUUAAGUUU